AUGGUGAAGGGAGGAGGAGGAGUGCAAAACCUAGCAUUAGCAGCGGAUGUGAGCCAGGUGAUCGAUCAGUUGGAACGCCACUGUUUGGCUCCUGAUGGAUCUCUCGUCUCCAAAUCCGCCUACUUGGACCUCCAACUUGCCAGAGAGGAGAUGUCUAGAGAGAGAUUGCGCUACUUAGAAGCUAUGGCAAUUUAUUGUGAAGCUAUUUCAAUGGUGGAAGAUUAUCAACAACAGGGUGUUUCCAUGGGUAAUCUUGGAGGAAUUCGAGAUGUCCAAGGCUUUAACAACUCUCCUCAGGUUUGUGAGACUCUAGAGCACCGCUUAGUCAUUGCAGAAGCAGCUCAGAAAUUGAGGCUUCCUCUUAUAUCUAAGGAUGGGGAGAUCCACGAGGAGGAAAUUGAAAAAUGGACUGUAAUGUCACAAAGCUCCCUUGAUAGUACAAGCACCAGUGCCACCAUCAGCUCAACUUCUAACUCAUUGAAUUAUACAAACAGUUCUGCAAACAGCACUGUAAACAAUGCCCUCUUUCUUACUUCUUAUGAUUUGACGGAACCUGGAGUUGGUGGUGUUCCUAAUCGCUUUCUUGGCAUCACACCUGCCUAUUUGUGGCAAACCCAUCUCCAACAAAUGCCAUUCAUCAUGGACAUUGCAGAAUAUCAAAUGUCUCUUUCAUGUGAGGUUGAGGCUCGCUUGAAAGCUAAAUGCAUUAUGUUAGCUGAUGCUUUUGUUGAUGAUAUUGAUUCAUCACCUGUUAAUCAAAAUUCAACUGCUCGUCUUCCAGAGAGGGUCAAGUUGAUAAUUGAGGAAAUUGAAAAGGAAGAAGCAGCCCUGCGAGAGGAUCUCUAUUCUGCAGAUAGAAAAUUUGCUGAAUAUUACAAUGUCUUAGAGCAGAUACUUGGUGUGCUUAUUAAGCUUGUCAAAGAUUUGAAGCUGCAACAUCAACAUAAAUAUGAUGAAUUACAGAAGACUUGGCUCUGUAAAAGGUGUGAGACAAUGAGCGCAAAACUAAGGUUUGUUAUGCUAUCUGCUGUUUAUAUUGCUUCUUAUCCCAUGAGGGUUCUGGAGCAUGUUCUCCUGCUUGAAACUUAUACUCAGGAGUCAAUACCAGCUCUUCAUAAAAUAAGGAAAUAUCUUCUAGAGGCCACAGAAGAAGCUUCUAUUGCAUACAAUAAAGCGGUUACACGCCUUCGUGAAUAUCAAGGUGUUGAUCCUCACUUUGAUACAAUCGCAAGACAAUACCAUGACAUUGUAAAGAAAUUGGAAAACAUGCAAUGGACCAUCCACCAAGUUGAAAUGGACCUGAAACGGUUACCAGAUCACCCAUGCACAUAA